AUGUCUUCCAGAGUGAAAUAUGGCUCGGCUUUUUCCCCUGUCAUCCCUUCCAAAUCCGUCUUAAAUCAUCCUUUCUCCAUUAAAAACCUGCUAAGUCUCUGCGACGACCAACGAGGUGAAGACAAGGAACAUAAAAGAGUCGCUAACCUUUCUAUUGCCAGCGAAAACUCGGCGAAGAAAACACGCCCCGUGAAAGAGGGCACAGGUUUGAGUGUAGCACAAGGUAACUUCGACCUAAACAGUGUCUGGCCGGCAUGGGUUUAUGCUACGAGAUAUUCGAGGCAUGGCAUCCCUCCAGCAAACUAUGCAAACCCACGAAGACCUCGUAAACAUAUCAAGAGACAGAAACAACGGCCUCUUUUCUCGCCAGAACAGCUCCAGAAACUUGAAGAAGAGUUUAUCAACGAGAAAUACAUCUCCAAGUCUCGACGGUGUAAACUAGCCACGGAAAUAAGCCUUACUGAAGCCCAAGUUAGAACAUGGUUUCAAAACAGACGAACAAGAUGGCGCAAAGAAGUACACGAAGAGGACGACGACCCCAGCUGGACCACGCACACUGGAAUGGCAAAGUUUGACGCUAGUAUCUUAACUGCUAACUGUAUGAUAGUUCGAGGAUAUUGCUCAUCUUGAAAACUGUGACGUCCACAUAGAUACAUUCACCCUCAUGAUUUCAAAGUCCUGUUAGCUACUUUUCUCCAGCAAUAACACUUAUACAGUAAUUUGAUAAUAUGAAAUAAGUUGAAAUUGUAAAUUGGCUACCGUAAAGAGUUAAGAAGCUGACGUUUCCGAACGUUAGCCCUUCGUCAAUCAGCAUAUAAAUCAACUGACAUAUUUAUUCGAGCGAUAACGAAACUUCCACUAUUGGAAUUUGGAUUGGCUGCCGUGAUCACUGAAAAUGGAAAGCCGAUCAACCAGUGCUCAGUGCUGUUUAGAAACACAAAGUCUUGUAGACGUGUUUUAUGGAGGCAUGUACAUUCCCUGUGGCCGUUUUGAUACUGAAAGUUAUACUUUUUGUCAGAGAACUCAAUAUAGGUAGGGGUGGUAGAGCUGAUGCGCAUGAAAGCACAAUCUUAGGGAGUUCGCAGCAUCGAUAAUUUUAAGUUUCACCAGAGUUAGUUUUUCCAUCGCGUCCCGGGUGUUGCAUCUAAUCGAAAGCAAGACAAAAUAUAAGAUUUGAUGAAUUAUUUCUACACUUUGCACCACUUAGCUUCGUAGAUGCCAUUUCGGCGAACUUUGCACAUUUAAAUACCCACAGCUUUGUUGUAAACCCACUCUCUCAAGAAGGCAGCUUUGCGAUCUUAAGUAGGCUCAUGUGCGACUACACCAACUCAGAAAUCUUGCUUAACCUACUGUUGUUUCUCUAAAAUUUAAUUUUAAGCAACAAAUUUUCUUUGAAAAUUUGAAAAUACAUUUUUUGAAAAGCAUGUUAAUGUGCAAGUGUAUAUAUGUUAUCAACCACGUCCUCCUCGCCUGUGUUGAUUAGCUAUAUAUGAACGUUCGAAAUUUUUUGCGUUCCUACUAGACCUAUUAUUUAUUUCUUAGUUCAUAGAAAUAUUAUGCGUCAAGC